CUCUCUCUCUUCUCUGUGCUCCCCUCCUCGCUAAGAACAACUUCUUCAGAGUUUCUUUGCUUUUAGAUUCUCAGAGAAUUGAAAUCUAUGGAUUCAGAAACUCAUCUUGAUGAGGGAGCUGGAACAAUAGAAAAUUCUUUGCUUGAUUUAGAGACGCAUCUUGACAAGGGAGGUGGGGCAAUAGAAAAUUCUGCUGGAGGGGAGUUAGUUUCAUGUGAUGGGGAUGCAGUCCUAGAACCAUAUGAGGGCAUGGAGUUUGAAUCUGAAGAUGCUGCCAAAGCAUUUUAUGAUGAAUACGCCAGACGGGUAGGAUUUGUCAUGCGUGUCAUGUCAUGCCGUCGUUCUGAGGUUGAUGGAAGAAUUCUUGCCCGGCGCCUUGGAUGCAAUAAGGAGGGAUUUUGUGUCAGUAUUAGAGGCAAAUUUGGACCGGUUAGGAAGCCACGACCAAGCACUAGGGAAGGUUGCAGAGCAAUGAUCCUGGUGAAAAUAGAAAAAUCUGGAAAGUGGGUUGUUACGAGGUUUGUAAAGGACCAUAAUCAUCCAUUGGUGGUUGCCCCCCAUGAAUGUCGCCAGACUAUGGAUGAGAAGGAUAAGAAAAUUCAGGAGCUAGCUGCAGAGCUGCGGCAUAAGAAAAGAUUGUGUGCAGCAUAUCGAGAAAAGUUGCUCAUGUUCCUGAAAGAUGUGGAGGAGCACACGGAACAGCUGUCGACAAAAGUUCAACUCAUAGUUAACAGUGUGAGAGAAAUUGAAUCCGAAGAUCAAGAGCUUUCAUGCUUCAGAUAGCUCCAGUAUUUGGAGUAACUAAUCUCAUGCCAUCACUGCUUUUAAUUGCUAGUUAUGCAUCUUCAUUAUUGUAGCUUUGUUAUGGUUCUUAAAGACAAAUUAAGUUUGAAGGCAUUAGUUAUAUGCAAGUUGGUACAAUGAAUAUAACACGGUGCUCAGUACUUCAGAAUUUUGUU